GCAUUCAAGCUAAAUAGGUAGAACCUUCCGUCUACAUCGCCUUUAGAAAUUACCAUCACCAACAUUUUAUCCUUUAGGUGUUGUUCCUUCUCUUCGCUUUUGUCUUCACUUACAUCUUUUUUUUUUUUUCACUCCUAUGGUUCUAUCCAUAUACCAUCUCCAUAUCCUCACGGCCGCAUCCUUUGUCGGGGAAUUUGCAUGUCUUGUCACCUCGAAACGGAAACUUGACAACUGCCAAAAGCGUCUUGGCCUACAAAUUAAUCCCACGUGGAGGUUCUCUAACAAUACGUAUUCUUCUAUAUCGUCGAUAGAACCACACCAAAAUUUCAACUCUAUGAUCCCUUAGUUCAUUCUUAAAAUUGCUCGAGGGAGGACGGGCUACUGCAGGUACAAGGCAACGGGGUAUUGCAAGAUUUAAGUCAAAAAAGGGGCCCACCAUGGAGGUCCUCGAACUCGACAAUGACACCAGAGGGUGGAUCAUGUGCCUGGUGAGCGGUGUUGCGUGUGUGAUAGGAUCCUCAAUCAUCUGUGUCGAUGUGUUCGUACGGUUGCUUCCCGGUAAAAAGAACUUUCGAAUACAGGAUAGCAAUACCUUUCUCGCCUGCUCAUUGAGUUUGAGUUUUGGUGUCAUGCUGUUCAUGUCAUUAUAUAGCAUGUUACCUGAGGCGAAGGGUUACCUUCAAAAGGGAGGCUUUUCAGAUCAGAAUGCGGGCUUUAUUAUGAUGGGCUCUUUUGUGGGUGGUUUUGUUGGGAUACAAAUACUCUCGAGAUUGUUUCACCAAUUCAUACCAUCACAUGUUGUCGAUUGCGAUCACAGCCACGAUGAUCACCCCUUAGAUAUCCAUCACCAUUCGAAUGGUUUUCCUCGAAGGUUAUCCUCCCAUGCUCGAAGUAUACGUCAUCAUUCUUUACAUUCCCACUCUCACGGGCCAAAGCCCCAUACGAGCGAGAACGGACACGCUAGUGAAACCACGCCGUUACUCCCCACAAGUCCUUCGCACGAAACUCAUCGUAUACGACCGCUUAGGAGAGCGGAGACUGAGAGUCUCCCCGGUACCGCCCCUCCUGCUUCUCUACGCGGAGCUCGCAGCCGGGCUGCGACGUCGGAUAGACGGCCUUCGAUGUUGCAAAAGCGGGUAUUGUCAUUUGUGAAAGAUACCAAGCCAAAUUGUGACGAGGCUGGCCCGUGCUAUGGAUAUUCGGAUCCAUGUGGUCAAGAAUGCUUCAAGCACUUGAGCAACAGGUCCGGACUUCUAUCUCGAGCACCAACUAGUCUUAUUCGCAAUGCUACAACUGGACUCGGUGAAACAUAUAUAGAAACGGUGGAUGAAAAUGAUGAUCAUGAUGAUGAUCAUUCAACUGCAGUGAGCCCCACAUGUCGAAUGAGCCGCGUGCAUUCGCACGAUACUCACCACGAACAUGAAGAUGAUUGUCAUUCCGAAAAUUCCGAGGAUCCUGAGGCUCAACAUCACCACCACGUCGCCGAGAACGCCUUCUUAUCCAUUGGCCUUCAAACCUCAGUCGCUAUUGCGUUACAUAAAUUCCCCGAAGGCUUCAUUACCUACGCCACGAACCAUGCUAACCCCUCGCUUGGUUUCAAUGUAUUUCUAGCAUUAUUCGUCCACAAUAUCUCCGAAGGCUUUGCCCUUGCCCUACCAUUAUAUAUGGCAUUAAAUAGCAGGCCACGCGCCAUGCUAUGGUCUUCCAUGCUAGGCGGAUUAAGCCAACCGUUCGGCGCCAGUAUCGCUGUGCUAUGGUUUAAGUUGGCCUCGCAUACUAACAUAACGCCCGACGCGGUGGCUUACGGAUGCUUGUUUGCUAUCACAGCCGGCAUCAUGGCCAGCGUCGCCCUGCAGUUGUUCGUCGAGAGUUUGAGUCUGAAUCACAACCAGAACUUGAGUAUUCUAUUCGCUUUCUUGGGCAUGACGCUGCUGGGUGUCAGCAAUGCUUUUACGUCGCAUGCGCAUUAAUUAUGCGGGGCUACAAUACCAACUCAAAGGGUGAUAGGUCAGCAUAGGGAUGAUGAAGAGGGGAGGUGUAUUAUUGUCAUUAUUCAAUACUGGAUAGGAAUUAGGCUAGGCAUCGGUAGGCUGCAUCAUAAUGGGCGUUCUUAAUAGGUCUCACGGAUAUGAGGGACGCUGGGUACGAAAAUUAUAUGAACUUUGAAGUCUGGUUGUGUGCAUUGCAAGGGAAUAGUGGCUUGAUUGUACCAUGGCUCGGGAUACGCAUCCGUUUUUUAAAGCUCGGCUCCGCUGUACUAGGUAGCGAUGGAUAGGCCUGCGUUAUGUUGAGUUGGAAAAUAAAAAUCUAUUAGUUCUACGUUCGAUGCAGCCUGUAUUUUGUGACUUGCGUUUAUUAAUUAACAUAUUUUGCGGGAGUGAUACUCACCAACC